UGACUGCUUCACGCAUCCAUAAAAGCUGCCUGUUUUGUCCAUUUCUCAGUGUCUUUCUCUCUCUGUGUCACUCUGUCACUCUUUCACUGCUCCUCGCUUAGAUUCGAGAGGGAGGGCAGAGAGCGAGGGAGGGAGUGACCUUUAGGCGAAAGGCUCGAUAACCCACCAUUUCUCUUGACCUCUGAAGCGAGGGGGAGGAAGAGAGAGAGCGGAAUGGAGAAGGCAUUGACGAAAGUGAGCAGCUUGAAGCUCGGGAACUCUUGGAUUUCGAAGAGAGCCAAGACGGAGCUCUCCAACAUCACCGAAGACAUCACCUAUGUCUCCAAUGCUGUUGAAGAGAAGGCAAAAUGGAUUUUCAACAAGCUGAAAGGAAAGCCACAGAAAACCUUGCCAGAGCUUCUUCGAGAGUACAACUUACCGCCGGGGCUUUUCCCCCAGAACAUAACUUGUUAUGAAUUUGAUGAAGCAAAGGCCAAGCUGAUUGUCUACUUGCCCUCUGCUUGUGAGGUUACCUUCAAGGACUCUUCUGGAAUUAGGUAUGCAAAUCGUGUGAAAGCAAUUCUGACAAGAGGGAAGCUCACUAAUAUAGAGGGAAUGAAGACUAAAGUCCUGGUAUGGGUGAAGGUGACGAGCGUGACAAUCGAGGGCUACAAGUCCGACAAAGUAUGGUUCAUGGCUGGCGUGAAGAAGUCGAGGCCAAAGGAUGCCUAUGAAAUGCCCCGUGACGCUGUCAGAGUGGAAGAAUUUUGAUCUCUGCGAAAGGAAAGCAGCAUCUCCUAUUAAUUUUAGACAGUGACGCAUAGGUGUCUAUAUAUUUGCAUUGUUCGAAGACCAAACUUGCAGCCUCUGCCAUUUGAUUUUGUUUAUAGUUAUUAGAUGCCGCAUCCGGGAAUGGAUAAUUCUCAAUUUACUGCUUUAUGCAAUUUAUGAACGUUGAAUCUAAGCAAUCUGGUAAGGCAUUUGUAGUAACUUCUCGCGAGACCUGUGGAGAAGUACAAUCCCUGAUGGGAAGUAGUGCACUUCAGCAUUAUCCUGCUCUGCUCUCUUCAGUUUGCGUAAUGAAGAAUGAACGAAUCAUUAUGA